AUGAAACUACAGUUAACUGGAGGCGACGUUUCUGGUCUACGUCCGUAUGUUUUUGAAACCGCUUGGGAAGUUGUUAAUAAAGUUGGUGGCAUUUAUACGGUAAUUAAGACUAAAGCCGGUGUGACAGUGGAAGAACUGGGCGAUCACUACUACUUGCUUGGCCCUUAUAAUGAACAGAGUGUACGAACUGAGGUAGAAGUUAUUCAGCCAGAAAAUAAAGUAAUCGCUGAUGUGGUUGCUUCUAUGCGUGAAAAAGGUGUUAAGGUGAUCGUUGGCAGAUGGCUUAUAGAUGGUUAUCCUCAGGUAAUCCUAUUUGAUAUCAAUUCUCAUCGCCAUGCCUUAGAAGCCUGGAAGAAGGAAUUAUGGGAUAAAACACAUAUCAGUACCAACGUUGUUGACUCAGAAACUGAUAAUGCAAUACUAUUUGGUUUUAUAGUAACCUGGUUUCUUAGUGAGUUUCGCCAGCGCGUAGCUGAGGAUGCUUUGGUUAUUGCACAUUUUCAUGAAUGGUUGUCGGCAGUUGGUUUGAUAAUGACCAAAAUGAAAUCUCUGGAUGUAGCCACAUUGUUUACUACUCAUGCAACUUUACUUGGGCGUUACUUGUGCGCCGGCCAGGUUGAUUUCUAUAAUAAUCUACCUCAUUUUGACGUUGAUAAGGAAGCUGGCGAUCGUGGUAUUUAUCAUCGUUACUGCUUAGAACGUGCUGGAGUAUCAUUAGCUGACAUUUUCACCACCGUAUCACAGAUUACGGCUGUAGAAGCGGAACAUUUACUGAAAAAGAAACCAGAUGUCGUCACUCCAAAUGGACUUAAUGUUGUGCAAUUCAGUGCGCUACACGAAUUCCAAAACCUUCAUGCAAAAUCUAAAGAUAAGAUUCAUGAAUUUAUUCGUGGUCACUUUCACGGGCAUUUCAAUUUUAAAUUAGACAAGACUCUGUAUUUCUUUAUUGCUGGAAGAUACGAAUAUUUCAAUAAAGGUGCUGACAUGUUCAUUGAAUCGCUUGCUCGAUUAAAUUACAUGUUGCAGUCAUCUGGAAGUGAUUACACUGUUGUUGCAUUCAUCAUCAUGCCUACUAAAACAAAUAAUUUCAACGUUGAUUCCCUUAAAAGUCAGGCUUCUACCAAGCAGUUAAGAGAAAUUGUUAAUCAUAUACAAGGCAAGAUGGGAGCAAAAUUGUUUGAGAAAGCUUUAAUGGGCGAAAUUAUAGAUGGGAAAGAUUUACUUGAUAAAGACGACUUUUUACAAUUAAAGCGAUGUAUUUAUGCUGCGCAAAGGCCACAACUACCACCUGUUGUAACGCACAAUGUAGUCGAUAGUGAUGGUGACUUGGUAUUAAACCAUAUUAGAAGAGUUAGAUUAUUCAACGAUCACAAUGAUAGAGUAAAGGUUAUUUUCCAUCCUGAAUUCCUGUCACCAACAAAUGCAUUAUUUUCCAUUGACUACGAAGAAUUUAUACGAGGCUGCCAUCUUGGUGUUUUCCCUUCCUACUAUGAGCCGUGGGGUUAUACACCAGCUGAAUGUACCGUGAUGGGCAUUCCUUCAGUAACCACGAACUUGUCAGGUUUUGGUAGCUUUAUGGGAGAACAUUUAAGAGAUCCUUCCUCUUACGGGAUUUAUAUUGUGGAUCGUCGGUAUAAAGGCGUCGAUGAGUCUAUUCAGGAACUGGCUGAUAUACUAUUCGAUUUCUGUAAAAUGUCGAGGAGACAACGCAUAAUCCAAAGAAAUCGUACUGAACGUUUAAGUGAUAUGCUUGAUUGGAAAAGUCUCGGAAUUUACUACAAGAAAGCUCGCUAUCAAGCUCUCAGAAAGAAGCAUCCGGAGGCAUUUCUAUUACUUAGCGAUGAAGAUACUGGGGUUAGUAUUUUCUUUAGGAUGGUAUCUGCUGUAGUAUUUGCAAGCACUUACAGCUAUUAA